AUGGACAGAGCGACCCGCAAACAAGACAUGGAAACGGCCUAUCAGGUGCAGUCCAAGGCUGGGGUUGUUGGUGCUGCGCGAUUCACGGCCGUCGGGUUGGGACUAGUCAUCCUCGCGCACUACACAUGGCCCACGUUCCGACGACAGACCUUGCCUUUCAAGGGCUUCCUAGUAACGAUCUCUACCGUCUUUGGCCUGGUUUUGGGCGCAGAAAACGCGUUGCUCGUCCAUGAGGCUGAAAAGCGUCUGACAGAGUCUGCUAUCCGCAAGCAGGCACGCAUAGAGCUUGCACGGCGCGGGCUGGUGGCGACGGAGACGGAGAUUGCAAAGUGGAAGGCUGAACGGUUCGCAGCGCAGCAAGCUCAAACUCAGUCGGAAACCGAAGCAAACCAUUAAUGACGCGCUCGCAUUAACUGGGCAUAGGAUAUAUGAAGUGAGCAGAGAAACUGACUUUGAAUGCUUGUUUAUUGAUUGGACUUAUGCACUUUGGACGUAUGUAUGAUACAAUCAAAGUUUUUCUUUCUGUACGAUGUAGCAAGCGAGCUGUAAUGCUAAGACUAGACAGACAAGCUGGCACAAGAACAAGAGAGUGGGGCGGGUUAAUGUUCGAAUCGACAAGUUGCUGGCUAUCAGAGAAGGAGACAGUACGAUGCGGCGUCAAGAAAGGAGAAUAAAUAUUGCAUUGCUAUGAAUUCGACUCUGCUGAUCCCUGAAUUUCGG